GUCCAUUACAAGGCGGCAAUAAGACGCAGCGUUCCGGUAAAAAUAAGAAUACGAAAUGUCCUCAACCCCUACGUACAAUAUCCGUUAGUUAUUGUCAAGGAUGGGGGUUUGUAUAUAUACCGUGGCCCACGUCACUCAUUUUGUACAUUCUGGGUUUGAACCUUGAGUUGACAUGAGUGGUUAGGGGUUGAAUUGGACCUUACACAACUGUGUGCAAUGCUGUUUGAUAUUCGCAAAGCUCUUAUCCUUGUGGGUGCUGGGUGUGUUGUCGCAUCCACCGAUGCUUUCGAGAGCUUGUCUUUGGCUCCCACCAGCCCAACCCCGAAUCCUGAGCCUAUAGAGGUGAGCGAGGUGCCGCUGCCUCCAGCUCUAGCCAAUACUUCGGCGGGCGCAUGUACAACUCAGAUCAAUGCGCGCCAAACGGGUUGCAUAGCCCAGUUCGGUCUUAUGAGCGGCAACUUUCUCCCCGAUGGCAACCACUUGACCGCGCUUCUCGAGUACGUGGGAGCGCCGGCUGCCCCGGAUCCCGCGAGCGAUUACACUGGUCUAAACCUGGUCCUGCUCAAGGUUGACGGAACCACCUUCCCAAAUGGUGACGCAUGGAAAUGUAUCACUUGCGGAGUGCCCUCCGCGAAUCGAGCGGGGGCGACGGCACUAGAUUCCUACGCCCAAACAUUCAGAGAUGGCACCCGGGCAAUGGCUGGGACGAACAUCAUUGACUGUGGUGGAAAGCCAUUGAACAGUAGCUCUUGCACUCCUGACAAGGUACACAUAUAUCCCAUUCGAUGGAACAAUAAGGCCGACGAUGAUGGCACUGGCGCCGGAGGCAGUAUUCGAGAACUGCGGCUUCAUCCAGAUGAUGUGCAUCUUGGGUUUAGCAGCUUUGGCAUAUACGGUGGAUACAUCACUGAAUAUGGUUUCUACGGUCGUCUAGAGUUCAAUGCGACUGGAAGCCGUUACGAUGUGGUAGACGUCACUGUGUUGCUCAACCCGGAUCUUCCACAACCUCUUAGUGCCGAUGGUGACCGCCUCGUCCUGAACAGCAGCGCAAUUUCCGUCGGCGAAUUACGCGGUUUUACAGGUACUGGUAACGAAAUAACUUAUAUUGGUUACCCUGUCGAAUCUUGCAACAUUGAUGCAUUUGCAGUCGAUCUUGCCACCGGUAAGGUUCGCCGAAUCACAACCCAUCCUGAAUACACGGAUCCUUUGGCUGUCUCUCCAGACGACAAGUGGCAAGUUGUUCUUGAUACGAGAGGAACCAGACGGCAGAUGUUCAUGUCGGGGCUUCGUACAGUCCCUCCUAUCACUGACAUUGUCUCUAUCACCGCUAGCUCGUCUACUCGAAAUAAUGGUGUUCGUCGUUUCUUUGAGCCCUGGUUACUGGACUUUGAGGGAGAUCGCGGCUUGUACUUCGGUCAGAAAAUAAACGCUGCCGGUGAUGGCAGUCCUGGCAGCAUCAACGACCCUAAUUGGAAUUCCGGCGCUGACCCGCGUUGGUCACUGGACGGCACUCGCAUCGCGUACUAUCAGUGGCUAGCGGUCUCCCCGGCGUGCGGCGGCUCAAACCCUUUGGAGUGUGAAGUGUCGCCCUACGAGGACGGCCGACAAGGUCGGAUCAUGGUUGCCCGGCUCGUGAGCCGUAAGCCGCUCGCUAUUGGGGGAAUAUCAAUAGCCGCUGAUGAAGUACCUUGGGGCAUUAAGUAUGUACCUGGGAUGGUGCUGCCCGAACGCACGUACCCUCCUGCCGGUGACUAUGUUCUGGAAGGCAAGGCUCAAGGAUAUGCCAAUGUCACCAUCACCUAUGACGACAGCAACGUUAGCGUUAAGUCUGUGAGGGUCAAUUAUCACGACUUUAGCAAUGAUGGCCAUAACGUUCUUGUCGGCUACGAGAACGUCACUCGCUCAGCACUGUCGCCUACAGCCGAUCAUUACGACUGGUAUUCAAAUCUAACAUCGACAGGUGUGGCAACAGGCACGAAAGUCACAAGCCCCGACGGCUUUCAUCUGGAGAUAGAUGUUCUCACAAACUUCUUCGAUGCAAACGGUACAUUGACGACCACGAUCAAUGAGGUUGUCUUUGAUCAGCCAUGCAAUAACUGUUGAUUUCAGAUAGCGUCAAUUGAACAAUUCAUAC